UGGAGCCUGGUGCCCAUGCCCGUGCGGGGCAACGGCGCGCUGAAGGCCAAGCCGCACGUCAAGCGGCCCAUGAACGCCUUCAUGGUGUGGGCCCAGGCGGCGCGCAGGAAGCUGGCCGACCAGUACCCGCAUCUGCACAACGCCGAGCUCAGCAAGACGCUCGGCAAGCUCUGGCGUUUGCUAAGUGAAAGCGAGAAGCGUCCCUUUGUGGAGGAAGCCGAGAGACUGAGAGUUCAGCACAAGAGAGACCAUCCAGAUUAUAAAUACCAGCCCCGCAGGAGGAAGAGUGUGAAAGCAGGCCAGAGCGACUCUGAUUCAGGAGCUGAGCCGAGCCAUCAUGGUGGGAACCAGAUCUACAAAGCAGACACGGGGCUGGGAUCCAUGAGCGAAACUCAUCCCCAUGCAGACCAUGCAGGGCAGACCCACGGACCCCCCACGCCCCCCACCACCCCUAAAACAGACCUUCACCAUGGCAGCAAACAAGAGCUGAAGCACGAAGGGCGCCGCCUAGUGGAGAGUGGUCGCCAGAACAUAGACUUCAGCAACGUGGACAUUUCUGAGUUGAGCAGCGAGGUGAUCAGCAACAUGGAGACCUUUGAUGUCCAUGAGUUUGACCAGUACUUGCCACUCAAUGGCCACGCCACCAUGGCAGCCGAUCACGGGCCGAACUCCACCGCGGGGUCUUAUGGAGCCUCCUACUCCCAUCCAGCGAGCGGCAACAGUGGCGCAGCCGCUCAGGGUUGGACUCACAAGAGCCCUUCCUCCGCGUCCCCUUCCUCCGGCGAGACCGGGCAGCAGAGGCCCCACAUCAAGACGGAGCAGCUCAGCCCAAGCCACUACAGCGACCAGCCCCACAGCUCCCCGGCUCACUCCGACUACGGCUCGUACAGUUCCCAGGCGUGUGCGACCACCGUGGCUUCGGCUGCGGCCGCAGCCUCUUUCUCCAGCUCCCAGUGCGACUACACAGACCUCCAGACCUCCAACUACUACAAUCCGUAUCCCGGCUACCCUUCCAGCCUCUACCAGUACCCCUACUUCCACUCCUCCCGCAGGCCAUACGCCACCCCCAUCCUGAACAGUUUGUCGAUCCCUCCAUCGCACAGCCCCACGGCGACCUGGGACCAGCCCGUCUACACAACUCUGACAAGACCUUGAAAGGAUAGGCAGAGCUGCCGUUCGAGGCCUUCCUCCCUUUCCAGCGUAUGCACUACAUGAGAACAAAAACGGAAUGCAGACAGCAAAAUCCACGCUGGGGCACCACAUCACUGCAUCAAGUGCCUCCCAUUCUUCUGAAUGACUGGGCAUCCCUCCCAAAAUCUUUUAAAUUUUUCCAAGACAGAGGUCUAUUUUCUUUAUUAUUAAUAAUAAUUAAUAAUUAAAAACAUCUGGACAGAUGAUUUCUUUUGAAUACAUGAAGGACAAUAUAUUCCAUAUAUUCCAACUCCUCCAUGAGGACUUGAAGAGAAGUGCAUGGUUUGUUUGUAGGACAGUGCAAGAUUACGGGAGAAGCUGAUCUUUAAGGGUCUAUUGCAAUCUGAAGAUAAUUCAGCCUUGGGACAAGGAACCCAAAUGGACUUUAAAAUCUAACCUUCUAAUUAAUAAUGCUUAGGGACCAUUUGAGACUCUCUUGGGACCAAUCAAUCACCUAAAGUCAGAUUUCUUCAUUUCAGUUGCAAAGUCCUCUAAGCAAGGUUUGGCUGUAAUUAACUUUAUGUUUGGAAGCUCAUAAAAGUGUUUUGAUUUUUUGGUCAUCAUUUUGGGGUAAAUCUGUUAAAACUAUGUAUUUAUGUUCUGUGUAAUUUUGUCUUUUUAAUUAAUGAAGUAAUUCUGUGCAAGAAGUAGAUUUUUUAAGAGAGAUUUUAAAGGGUGUAAAUUAGUGGAGACAAGAUGGAUCCCCCCCCCCCUUUACUGUACUUAAAACUUUGCAGGGUUUUCAAUCAUAACGGUACAUUUUAAAUGCUUUGUAGAAUGAAGUGGUAAAUUAAGGGCUUGAAGGAAGUGUACGAGAAGAAUCUGAGGGUUAAUUUUGUUGGUGCUCAGCACGACGUCUGGGUAAUGGCAGUGCUUGAGCAUCUGAGCUUGUUGGACCAGUCCCUGAUGUCUUCCUGGCCCAGCUCCCUUCGAAACGAAGCUGCCUGCCCAAGGAGCAUGAACGAAGGUGUUGGCCUUGCUCCCUUUGGCGGCCGGCACCAGAGCGCAGGCUCUCCUUCACCUUGAGUCGCUCCCAGGGCCUGUGCGGAAAUGCAGGUGUGGCCCAGAAGAGUCCGUGCAGCCACAAGACUCAGAGACCCUCCCCAGGCAGGCAGCUGGGUGGGCCCAGAUCCACAGACCAGUUUGAGCAGGGUUCAGUGGCACUUUGGUCAAAAGAAGUGGGUCAGGGUUGUCUGUCCAAAGUGAAGCAAUCAUUGCUGCAUCAUGCGCUUGCUGUUAAAUAGACAUAAAAAGAAAAACCCUCCUAUGAUGAGGGGUGCCACUCAGCUUAAAGGGAACAGACCUGGUGGAGGGGGGCAUGUUGGUAGCAUCCCCACUGAUGAAGAAUGUAGGUGUGGCAUCCCCGAGUCCGUUGCACCACUGCGUUGCUCCAGUCUCUUCUUUCAGCUUGGGAUCCUCAGAGCUCCGUGCAGCUUGCCUGAAACAUCCAUGAUUCUGUCAGCCCGGAACUGCCUGCCUGUUGGUGUUAGCGGGUGCUUUCUGGGGCCUGAGAUUGUAAGAGGAGGUGCAGCACCUUCCUUUCUUCAGCUCCUGCUGAAGAUGGUGCGUCUGAGCAUGGGUUCCGUUUCUCUCUGACAUCCCCUUUCAGGGGUGGUUCAAACUUUCCUAUACUGGAGGCAGGAAAACAUGUGCAGACUGCCAUCUGCUCCCACAGUGCCUGACCUGGUGGAAGGACCACCCGCAGCAGAAGGCGCUGGGCCGAGCAGGCUCCCCCGGGAGCUGUGCUCGUCACUUGUCCUGGCCAGCCCGCCUCUCCCCAACCCCUUUGGCCCUUCCCAGCAGAUUCUCCGUGUGAGCCAGGGGGCAGGAGACGAGAACGGCCUGUUCUCACAGGCACCUUUAAUGCAGCGGGCGAGUCGGAGCAGUGGGGCUCUCCAGAGGGCCAGCUCAUCCCCCCCCCCCAGUGGACAGCUGCCCUGGAGAUGCCCCCCAGUUGCCCUUCCUGCUGUGGCUUUGAGGCCGUCCGGAGUUGCCACGGAGGGCGUGGCCAGCCCUGCUGGCUUCGCCCC